AUAUAUACCUUACCGGAGAAGUUUCCCAAGUUGUUGUAGGGAUGGUGAAACGCGUAUUGGGUUGUGCUACUAGUACUAGUAGCGGAGGAGAUGAAACGCACGAAACUGAUCACGCGACGCCGGCGGUGGCUGACCCUAGAGUACUCCGAUCACGCUACCACACUGUCAAGACCAUCCUCUACGAUGAAAGAGAGGAUCUCACAAGAGCAGAUUCGGAGAAGUUCAAUUCGAUCAUUAAGGAAGUGGAGAGCUUGCACCAGCUGGUAACAAAGCCAAGAGAGCAAGUCGCGGAUGCGGAGGCGCUUUUGGAUAUUGCAAGCACCCUGAUGACCUCUGUACUGGCACAUAACAAGGAAGGAAUUACAGCUUCGGGUUUCGUCAACUGUAUUCUUAGUGACUUCAGGAAACCGAGUGGUAAUGGCAGCAGCUCUAUAUCUUGGAGGGACAUUGGGAAUGCGGUAUCGCAUGUUUUCCAGAGAAGCCCUCGAUGCUGCACUAUGAUUGGGCCAAUGAAUGCUGUUGUGAAGCAACGAAAGGUUUAUCAACGUCAAAAACGUGGGAAUCCUACAGACAAUGAUACCCCUAAAGAGCUUGGUGAUGCUGUUGUAGAAGAGGAAACAGAGACUGUUAAAAAUGUGGCAACUAUGUUUAAUAUUUUGAAGAAAAAGAGAAGGGUCAGGCUUGAAUAUCUAGUUUUGAAUGGAAAUUCUUUUUCACAGACAGUGGAAAAUGUGUUUGCCCUAUCGUUUCUUGUUAAAGAUGGGCGAGUCGAAAUAAAAGUGAACGAGGAAGGCCAUCAUCUAGUGUCGCCAAGGAAUGCUCCUGCUGCCGAAGCAAUUGCCUCAGGCGCUGUUACUUACUGCCACUUAAUCUUCAGAUUUGAUUUCAAGGACUGGAAGUUAAUGAAAGAAGUUGUUGGGAAUGGGGAGGAGCUGAUGCCACAUAGGUCAGCUGACCAUGUAUCAAACAAUUCGCAACUGGAAGAACCUCAAGCAACAACAGGUACAACACCAAUUAGGAAGUUCUCAAGGAACAGAGGCUUGGUUAUAAGGGAGCAGCACGUUGGGACUGAUAGUAGCAGCAGAUCAAUUGCUGAAGACAGCGCUGAAUGUGAUUAUGCUGCAAGCGCUUCUGCCACUCGUAAAGGGAAGCGUAAACUGAUAUGAAGUUUUACCAUGGAUGUUGUAUAUAUACUUACUGUUUUCUAGCAUCUAGAAACUUUGGUUUUCAAGUUACAACUAGCAGUCACUUAGCUGACAUCAAGGACUUGCUGUAUGAAAAUACAAUUAUAUUAGUUGUAAAAUUUGCUCUAACUACAAGUCCUUUAGGGUAUUAGUCAGAAUUUUAUGCACUAUU